CAAUCCGGCCCGCAGGUCCAGGUACUGCAGAUCUCCGACAGUCGGAUUGACGGGUCGGACUGGGUCAGAGAGAAAGGUUGCGGGACUGCCUCCAAGGUACCGCGAUGGUCACUUCUACUCUUGGCUCGGCCCAGGAUUUCGUCCAUACACUGAAGGCACACUUGGACCCUCCUCUCGCGAACGGGUCGUCCAAAAUUGAGCUCGCAAGAGAAGCAUGGGAAACUACUAGCUUUUACUUCCCGAACAAGGACGAGGUCAUCGUCGACUGGCUUCUGACGCGUCUCUUGAAGGAUAAGGCGAAAGCAGGGGAUGCGAGCCCCAUUUUAGACUCGCGCUACUGGCAACUUCUAUCUGAUAUCGUCUGCCCGCCUGACGAAACCAAUGUCAAACGCACGAACACGAGCCGUACGGCGAAGCGAUGGCUUUUGCCCCUGCUGAACCGGAUCCCAGUUGCUCCCAUUGUUACGGCAUACUUCUCUCUAUCAGGUCCUCUUGAUGAACACGCCAGAGUUACUCUCGACAAAUUUUUCAGCCGAUGCCUUGUCACAAUAUGGCCCUUAGCCACGCCAAAGUUCAGUCCGGACGUCUUGCUCGAGUGCUUCGGCGCGCUACUGGUGCAUCUCACGACUCGCAGGGCAGGUGAAGAUGAUCCGACAAAUGCAACCGCACACGUUGGAAAGGCUGCGCUUCUCGUAAUUUCAUCUUACAGGACUGCAUACGGUAACUUAGCAAACAAAAAGAAGCUCUACACGACGUUUCUGCAACACCAUUUCCUCCAUUGGCUUCAAUGUAUUCAAUACGGAGUUCCCCACGAUGCUGCGCGACUCACGCCCAUUUCCGAUGUCUACCUCGCAGGCAUCGAGACCCUCUUCAGCGUCGACGUCCUGCGCAAUGUCGAGGAUCACAAAUGCGACGCUGCAUUGAAGGAUGCAAUCAGUCAAAGCUCACAUUUGUCGUCGAAGGCAGUUCUACAUGCCUUGCCACUGCUGUUGACCUCCUUCGUGCAGUCUUUGAAGAAAAAUCGGAACGCAUUGUUUAGCCAAGGUUCAAGCAACGCCGCCGGACAUGCGUCCAUGCAGGUUCAGCCGGCAGGUCUCGCAUUCUACGCGCUCUGCGAAAAUAUUCUCGACGCCGCUCCGACUCCGGAUAGUACUCAGAUCUGGGAUACACGAGUAGCAUUACUCGAAACGGUCGACAGCGAGAGUUUGUACAACCCCUCCGACGCGAAUGGCACUGAGGUGCUCAGGAACAGUGGGGCUAUGGCUGUCAGAGUUGUUACGUAUAUCCAAGAAGAUGUCGCUUUCCUUGACAAAGCUGAAGACGUGCUCGCUAUACUGACGCGCAUUGAUUAUGACCUCAUGGCUCCAGAAUUGCCUGUGCUCUGGCCCGCCCUCGCUCGGACUUCCUCGAAUUCAUCAUCCUCCGCAUAUCUGCGUCUCCUGUUCGAGUUCCGUACCAAGACCCGGACAGUCAAUACACUCGUCGAUUCGUGGCUCGACGCUGUCUCUCUUCGUCACUGGCAAACAUGCGAAGUCCAACCGCGGGAGGCGUACGCGAGGGUGUUAGGGAGUCCGCUCUUCUCGUUCGAGUCGAUCGACCGACUCGGUCAGGCGGUGCAUGGCUUCCUCACGCCUAGCCAGAUCGUAGAUGUCACCCGUAUCAUCGUUGAGAAGUUCACAGGCGCCUUCCAGCGGUUCCGGGAACAAGACAAACGAGUUGCUGCGGACGACGGCGAUGGAUCGAGGAAGAAACGCAAAAAGAGCACAAGCGACAACGUACGAAUCGACCCGGAGUGGUGUGCUGUAGAGUUCGCCCUCGUAUGCCGGAUAGUCGUGGUGGUGCUCAGCUCUCUGGCGAUGCGAACGGCGCUCGAGGACUCGCGGCAGGAAAUCCAUGGCAUGAUAGGUGCAGCCUGCACAUCAGUAAUCCCUCGCGCGUCGAAGGGGGCUCAGAAAGCCCUGGAGGCUGACAAUCGACGAGGGACUUGGGCUUGGCAGAUCGUCGCGGCGGGCGCGCUGCUUGUGUAUCACGACCGCAAGAGUCAUGGGUGGCCUAGUGUACAGCUAGAUGAAGAGGUCGUAUCGCAACUACGUGGCCUCCUCGACAGAGAUGAUGUGCUACCAGAGUUCCGUCUUACGAUUGUCCGCACGCUGCUGAACGACGCCGCGAUCAGUGAUGACCAUGCUGCUCAAGACAUCAUCGACGCAGUACUGCGAUGCCUGGAGGGUCUUCAAAAUCAUGAUGGUGUUGCCGAACUCCGAUGGUCAGGCAAGAGCCAUGAGUUGGGCAACGACGCCAGUCAGGCCGUCGUAGCCAUUCUGCACCUCACACUGAUCAGAUGGCUGCCAUUGUUCGAUUCGCGAGCAUCAGCGGAACAAAUGAUUAAACUUGCCAAGGUCAUCCUGACAAUCAGUCGAACCAGCUCCUCCAGCUCGACAAGCAACCAGCAACUAACUCCGUCUACGGUGCUCGCCGUGACAUUCCACAACGCCGACGUUUGGGAGUUACGUCGCUUCAGAGAUGCUUUCCUAUCGCAGUUGCAGGACUGCACGGUAGCUCUGGCAAGUAUCAAUGUACACGAUUUUCUGUCUGGCAAAAGACGCAGUGUGCCACGCAAACUCCGGGCGGACAUUUCUGCGAGCAUCGCGGGCUUCGAGAUUCUCUUGUACAUGCCCGAGGAGUACUUGUCGCGCGCGCUGCGUUCGGACUUCCUCCACCGUGCUCUUGUCGCCGACAUCCUCAUUGGCGCCGGUGCUAUUACUGACUCGAGCGUCGACGCCCGAGCACUCCUCAAAGCCAGGGAAUUCAUCAGGCGAGCGGUUUCCCAUACGGGAAGUGUCGAUCAACUCGCUGUCGACGGUUAUUUUGGCUAUCUACUGAAAUCGGAUGCACUUCCGCCUGUAGACGAACAACACGACUUGGUCUCUGUGACAUUGGACCUCAUUGGCGCCUGCCUCGUGGCAUUUGUGCGAAACUCCCGAAAUGGAGAAGAUACGCUUGCUUUAGCAGCCGUCCAAAACAUCAGCGGAAUUCUGGACGUUCCCGUGGAACAAAGAACUCGUCCGUCAAGCCUCAUAACGAACGGAACACUGCUACGCUUGAUCUCUGUCGUCGCUUCGAAUCACGAACUUUCCCAGCUAUCACAGCAGUUGCAGAAGUCACUACGCGAGUUGUACGAACGCUUGGUAGCUGUAUGCUCGACGGAACUACUGCGGAUGUUUCCUCGGGGCGAACAGUCCGAACCGCACGCGAACUUUAGGAAUAGUCGCCUCGAUGCCUUACGCAUGUGGUCGCAUGCCUUGUGGUUGGGAAGAUGGCUAACAGCAGACAUGAGCUCACUACCUCGAUUUGGGAGCAUCCUACUGGGACAACUGGUCGCUGAUCGGCAACAAAGCCGAAGCACAGCGACAUACCUCUCACUUCUCGAUGUACUGAAAGAGGAACUCUACUCGUCCGCGACGGAGAAUCGACACGCAUAUAUCGGUUAUCUAGUCGCUGACUACCUAGUAUGCUCUCGAUGCUGCGACUCAGCUAGCGUUCAAGAUCUGGAUGCAAGUUUCUCGGGGAUCAGCAAGUCGAUGCCUAUCGAAGAUUACUCUGCUCUCGUUGGCUACAUCGUUGAGGCGUCAGCAAAGCCAACUUCGUUCAGCGCAAGCGAUAUUGCUCCCAUGGUCCGCCUUCUGAAGAUUGUGGGAUUGAAUGCGCCAGAAGGGACUUCGAAGAUAACACAACAGGCUAUCUCGAAGACCCUGCUGCUGUGUGCGGACCGGCCUAACUACCUCUCAGUUCCCGAGAUCCGGCGUGAAGUGCUUGGCCUACUGAGUGGCUAUUGUAGUGAGCGGCCCGCGUCUGUGAGAUCGUCCGACAUGUCCAAUGUUUGGUCAAUUCUAGGACAACUCCUCGCCAACUCAUCCGAACACGACCAAACCACGGAUCCAACGAUUUUCCAGGAAGCCGUCAGCAUCGUCAGCGCGCUCGUCCGUCUACGCCGUGACCUCAUCCUGAAUACCCUACCCCACUUGGGCAUGAUCCUCCGCCGCCUGAUCAGCGCGCUGCGAGGGUUGCGCCCGCAACUGGGCGCAAAGCAGACGCGGCUCGUCAUGAACACGCUCCCCGCGUGGAUCAGCACGGAGAAACCGCUUUCCGCCGAGGAAGCCAAAGCACUCGCGAGGCUCAUAACCACUCUCACGACGAAGACCACCGUGCGGACUCACGGCCAGAACGCGGAAUCGCAGAAACCCGAGUCGCUCGUCCGCCCGUUCUCCAAACACGCUGCGUACGUGCUGACCGCAUACAUCGAGGCUGUGAACGAUCCGCUCUGCGUUAUCUCGACUCAGGUGCGGAAGGAGCUGCAACCGGGCCUGUUUGCGCUGUGCGACAUGCUAGGUGAUUACAACCGGGAUGCAAUGAUGGUAUCCGCCUUGGAUGCAAGCGGCAAGGUCACUAUGAAGGCACUGUGGAAGGAGUAUGAGAAGCAGAGAUAUGUUGGGAGGGGGUAGUGCUCAGGAUCGUCGGGCGCAUGUCCAAUGUCGAAAAGUAAUUUACACACUAGGAAUAUCGACGAAGGCUCUGCAGUCGUCUCACGGCAUGUCUGAACGCAUCGGUGCGAGAUGUAUGCGAGUGUGCGAGCAGAGAUGGUCGCAACGUCUCCGAUAUAUUC